AUGAAAUAUGUGUCCAGUUCCGUUGGUAUCGUUGCUGGUGUCUUGGCAGUAGUAUUGGCUGGUGUUUGCCAUAAAAGAUUUGCCAGAAUCUGUUUACAACACGGAUACAUCCAUCCAUCUGGUGAUCUUGGGCCUGAAAAUUAUGAUUGUGACGCAUUCAUAAUUUUUAGAAGUGAUGACCUUGAAUGGGUGGAAGAAAGGCUUCUACCUCUCCUUGAAGGAAAGCAUAAGCUAAGAUGCCGAAUCCACCACAGAGACUUCAGAGCUGGCGGUAUUAUUUAUGAUCUGAUUUCGGAUAGCGUUUAAAAAAGUUACAAAAAUGUAGUAGUUUUCUCAAGUAAGUUUUUGAACGGCCGUUAUUGCAGGUAUGAGCUAGAUCAAGCGAAGCAGAGACUUUUCGAAAGAAAUGACGACAGUUUGGUUAUCUUAAGGAUUGAUGACGUUGAUUUAGGGUCGCUACCCGAAGAUUUGCGAGAAAGAAGCGUGAUCGACUAUGGAAGUAAUCAUGAAAAACCUCAUUGGAAAAAAAAGCUCCUUGAAUUUCUCGGGGUUCCUCACAAAUACAAACGUGAAAGCACAAAAAGCAAUGAUACCGAAGUAUCCGUGCUUGAACCAGUCAACGGAGAUGUUUUCGAAAAUGGACACGAAAUUGCCAAAAUGGCCACUGAGGCAACUUGUAUUACUAAUGCGUGA